CCUUAAUGCAUGAAAAGAGAAAUUAAAAUGGGCCUUGAUGUGAAGGUUUAGUGCAUGUCAAAAUCGAAGUAUUGCUCUGACAGUGUGUGAUCACUUGCUUUGUAGGUAUGGAAGAGCGUAGUAGUCCCUGGGCUGCUGGAGAGCAGAACAGUCCCUCUUUUAACCAGAACUAUGGAGAAGGCUCACACUACAAUGAACACGAUGGACUAUCUUCCCCAUUCCUUGGCACAGGAGUUAGUGGAAAGAAUGAAAGGGGGCCUUACUCUUCCUUUGGGGGCCAGCCUGGGUUCCUGCCCUCAGACAUCGCCAUGCCUUCUUCAGAUGCCAUGUCUCCAUCCGGACUGAAGCCCGGCUCACAGUUUUAUCAGUCAUACCCCAGCAACCCCCGGAGACGCCCCUCAGAUGGAAGCAUGGAACCCCAACCAAAAAAGAUCAGGAAGCCACCAGGACUGCCAUCAUCAGUUUAUGCCGCCACCUCUGGUGAUGACUAUAUCCGAGAUGGUGCUGCCUACCCAGGCUCCAAACCUGGCUCUGUGUACCCAGGAUCUUUUUACAUGCAAGAGGGCCUACACUCCUCUUCGGACCCCUGGGCCCCCUCUGGAUCCAUAGGCCAAUCGGGAUACACGGCUAUGAUGGGGAAUUCGCCACACAUCAGUCAGGCAGGCACAUUCUCUGCAAUAAACCCACAAGACAGAAUGAACUAUCCCUUGCACGGAGCGGACGUGAAUGGUUUCCAUUCGGGCUCCGCAGCCUAUAGCCACACAUCCGCCAUGAAUGGAUCCGACAGCAUUUUGGCAAGCAGAGGUUCAGUCACAAGCAGCUCAGGUGAUGAGAUCGGAAAAGCUCUUGCUUCGAUCUAUCCUUCGGACCACAAUAGCAACAACUUCUCCACUCCUUCCACUCCUGUGGGCUCCCCUCAGGGCAUUGCAGCAGGUGCAGCACAGUGGCCGAGAGCUUCUGGUCAGGCUGCGCUCUCUCCUAACUAUGAGGGAGGACUACAUGCACUGCAGAACAAAAUGGAAGACCGGCUGGAGGAGGCCAUCCAUGUGCUGCGAAGUCAUGCGGUGGGUCAGUCCCCAGGAAUUCCCCGAGCCCAUGCUGACGUGCACGGCCUACUGGGUGCCGUCUCCACAUCCAGUGGAUCUAUCGGGGGUCUCCCUCAGGCCUACUCCAACCCAGGACUACCCCUGAGCAACAGACACCCUGCCAUGGCUGGAAGCCAUCAAGAUGACCGUGCCUGCCUUCCUCCCAGCAGCACCCUGUUGCAGUCCACUCAUGCUUCAGACACCCCACAGCCUGGAGGAGCACCAGAGGGUUUUAGCAGUUUGCCCGGAGGCUUGGCCCCCGCCACGCAUCCCUCAAACAAAUCUGACAUUAAGAGUGAAGACAAGGAAGACGAUGAGAACUCCUCUGUGGCCGAUAAGUCUGAGGAAGAGAAGAAGGAAAGUAAACCAUCUCGCACCAGAACAAGAAAGGAGGUGUUUACCCAUCAAGUCCUUUCAGGUCUAUCAGACCAGGGAGAAGAUCUAGACAAUGAAGACGAUGAGGAUUUGCCGCCAGAGUUAAAGGUGGAGCGGGAGAAAGAGCGGCGAGUGGCCAACAACGCACGAGAGCGACUGCGCGUGCGUGACAUCAACGAGGCCUUUAAAGAGUUGGGCCGCAUGUGCCAGCUGCACCUGAGCAACGAUAAACCCCAGACCAAACUGCUCAUCCUGCACCAGGCCGUCAACGUGAUCCUAAACCUGGAGCAACAAGUCCGUGAACGCAACCUGAACCCAAAAGCGGCAUGUCUGAAGCGACGUGAAGAGGAGAAAGUGUCCGGGGUGGUAGGAGACACUCAAAUGCAGCUGUCCGGACCGCAUCCAGGACUGGGAGGAGAUGGGCGCAUGUGAUCAUGUGAUCAGUGAAAUUUCUUGGGGCUCCUGGAAGAAGUGACCUUGAAUCUCUUCCACCGUUCUCAUCCUCUCUGUGUGCAUCUAAUGACUUCCACGAAAUCAGAGAUGCACCCUCCAAACAACCUUUUGGACACACGAAUCGACCCACCAAAACUGACACAGCAGAUUUUGUCCGUGAUCACUCUAGACCGCAAUUACCAGCAAAAAUGUGAAAAACUUUCUCAGCUCAGUUUGUAUUUUUCUGCUUCCAUAAAACAAAGGAUCAUAGGAAUAGACAUGUUCUGACCACAACUGAGGUUUUUUUUUUCACUGCAGAAAGAGAGUUUUGAACAAGAGACGAGAAAGACGUCAGUUUAAUCAUGGAUUUGUGCCUAAUUGUUACGUUUUAUAAAAGACGCAAACUGCUUACUUGUACGGAACAAAAAAAAUUUGGGAGUUGGUUGUAUAUGAGGAUUUUUUUUGUUUUUGUCAUUCCCUUCUGAAAGGUACAGUCUUACAUGCGUUGUGUAACCAAACCCCAAGAGAGGGGCGAACCUGUGGUGCUUUUGAGGACGGCAU